AGCCAAGACCCCCGGCUUCCUCUGCUUAUUGGAUUCCCUAACGUGCAGCGAAACGAUUGAAAAAGCUACUAAAGCAGUACUAUUUUAGCAUCUCAAAGCCAAUCUGAUCUCCAAACCGUCUCGAAUUCUUGAUGCAUUCAACUACUUCUUCAAUUCUUUCCUUUAUAUAUACGUAGUGCUUCCUCAGUUCAACUCCAAAUCAUAUAUUCCCCAUUUGCAAUUAAACCACUAGCGCAGUUGACAAAACUUGAUAAGCCAUGGCUGCAGCAGCCUCGUCAGUGAGUUUGAAGCUUUUGAUCGACACCAAAAGCUGCAAAGUCCUAUUUGCCGAAGCUAAUAAAAUCACAGUUGAUUUCCUUUUCCACGUCCUGUCUUUGCCAGUGGGAACUGUUAUAAGGCUUCUGGGCAAGCAAGGAAUGGUAGGUUGCGUGGCCAACCUAUACGAGAGCAUUGAGAGUCUAAACGAAACAUAUAUACAACCCAACCAGAGCAAAGACACCCUUCUCAAGCCAAGAGCCGCUGCUUCCAUUCCUCUCUUGUCCCUCGACGAUGGACAAACUAAAGCUGUUUUCUACAGGUGCGGCCGUGGUUACAAUUGCAACUUUGCGUCUGAUGACCCCAAGGCAAUAUGUCCCCAGUGCAAGAAUGCCAUGACCAACAGCAUGAAAUAUGUUGCUCCUCCAGCAGUGAAAGCAGCAGCUGCAGGGGACGAAGGGGGAUUUGUCAAGGGUGUAGUGACCUAUAUGGUUAUGGAUGACUUGGUGGUGAAGCCCAUGUCUACUAUCUCUAGCAUUGCACUGCUUAACAGGUUGAAUGUGAAGGAAGUUGGUGCCCUGGAGGAGAAGGAGGUGAUUCUUGGCAUGAAUGAGGCAUUGAUGUUGCUCAAGGCAUCUUUUGAGUCCAAGACGGCACUCACAAAUGUCUUCUUGAAGAAUACGGGAAAAUGAAAGAUGCUCUUGCUGUUACAUUCUCGGAGUUAAAUCUUGGUUUAUGAAAAUAUUGAAGCCUUUGACGGGCCUAAACCUGGGAAGUUGGAGGGGCCAGGUGGUCAAUCCAACAUAACAGAUUGUGACUAGGUGCAGUCGUUCGUUGUCUUGUGAUUUCUAUCGAUUAGACUCCUAUUAGAUCAAUUGAAUCUUGAGUUUGAUUUGU